CGUUCAAGCAUUCUCUGAACUACUUUUCAGAUAGCUAACAUGGGAAAAACUCUUUUGCUCGUUUUUGUUGUUGCAAUAACCAUGUUGAAAAUUUGUAAAGGCGAACCGAACUAUGCAUGUACCAAACGAGGUGGGUAUUGUUCAGACUCGGAUACAUGUACGUCAUUAGGGGGGAAUGUGGAAAACAUUACCGUAAGAUGCAAGAAAGGAAAACCCUGUUGCAAAUGUACUGACACAUGUCCUGAGGGUUCUACAUGUAUGAGUGAAGGUGACACUUGUGAAGGAACAAAAGAUACAAACGGAUGCUGUGGCAACAGGUUUUGUUGUACACCUACACCAUGUGUGGACAAAUGUAAUGGAAAAUGUAUGAAUGCUUGUUCUGGUAUCUAUGUCAAAGGUGAAGGAGACUGUUGUGGGAAUACGGUAUGCUGUCAACAGACCUGAUUCGUGAAGCCCGUUAGAAGAAUGGUCUCUGAGAAAAUAUCUACAGUUAUUAACUUAAUAAAAAUUGUAUGAUCA